AUGCCUUCAAGAACUUCUGUAUCACUACAAGGAUACGACGACUUGCUCGAAAGAGACCAUGGUCUCGGUCAACUUUUUCAUAGUCAAGCACAAAUCAAUCCUUCAGCAAUUGCUGUCAAAGAGAGCGAUGAUAGCAUCACAUACGGCGAGCUUCACUUGAAAGCACUGGACUUGGCAUCGCAGCUUCGUCAACAUGAAUAUCGACGAGAAGAACCCACGGGAAUACUCGUCAACCCUGGUACUAAAGAUAUCAUUACCCAGGUUGCUGUCCUAUAUGCUGGAGGGACUUGUGUGACUUUGGAUCCAUUACUUCCUGAUAAUCAACUGGAAGAACGCCUCACACGAGUGGGUGCACGAAAUGUGCUUGUUGACGAAGGAAACCAGAAUCGCCUGGUUUCCUUGCGCCACAUCAUAGUUGAUGAGAACAAACUUUUUCAAAACGGACAUUCAAAAGAGACCAAGGAAAUUGUCGAAACAAACCUCGGCCAUUGCACACACUUAAUCCAUACAUCUGGCACGACAGGGGCACCAAAACCAGUUCAAAUCUUGGCUCGAUCAAUCCUUCAGGUCGUAUAUCAUGCUCCUCUCGUCCCCCUCGAUCCGUCUGAUAUCGUAGUGCACGUCAACAACACAAGUUUUGAUGUUGCGCUGUUUGAUGUAUGGGCUCCACUUUUGCGGGGUGCAAGCAUCGUGAUUAUGCCGAAAAAUGUGCUUCUGGAUCCGAAUGCUAUGGCUGAAGCACUUAAGCGAUACAAGGCGACAGUAUGGGCGUCAACACAAGCAAUUUUCAAUUUGGCAGCAGUGUCCUGUCCCACGGCGUUUUCUGGACUCAGAAUUAUGACGAUUGGAGGAGAAGCGGCAAACCCCAAAGCUUUGAAGACCAUUUUGGCGGCCGGGCCACCAAAGCACCUAUUCAAUGCAUAUGGCCCGACCGAAACAUGCGUCUUUUCUUUAGUCCAAGAGCUAUCAAUGUCGGACACACAAGACGAGUCAGUGAGCAUCGGUAAACCUAUUGGAAGAACCACAAUACAUAUCGUCAAUGAGUCUAUGGAAACGGUGAAAGAUGGGGAGCCAGGGGAACUACUUAUUGGUGGUGCUGGUGUCUCCCGCGGUUAUUUAAAUUACCCAGACAAGAACGCCCGGGCAUUUGUGCAAGUCGGAGAUGCAAAACUUUAUCGGACAGGAGAUAUCGUGAAGAGAAAGGGUGGCCUUGUUUACUAUGUUGGACGUCGAGACCACCAAGUAAAGAUCCGUGGGUUUCGUGUUGAGCUUGAGGCGGUUGAGGUAGGGAUGUUGAACACUGGACUUUUCUCAGAGGCCACUGCUCUUAGGAUCGAAUCCCCACAAGAAGGCGGGGGUGGUCUUUUGGUUGCAUACGCAGUUCCUAAUGCACAAAGCAAGGACACCAUCAACAUUGCAAUGAACAAAUUGAAAGAAUCAUUGCCUCAUUACAUGGUGCCAAAGAUAGAGUUGAUCGACAGAUUGCCUUGGAAUGCACAUGCCAAAGUGGAUCGGAAGAAGCUGACAGAACUGUACUUGGAGGGAUGGAAGGCACAACCAGUGACGCGAAGAUCCAAAGGGGCAGGUGAAACGACGACGUCAAGAUUGGAGCAGCUUUGGAUGGAAAUUCUGGCAUGUCCGGUAGGGACCUUUGAAGAACAUGACGACUUCUUUACCCAAGGUGGAACUUCUUUGCAAGCCGCAGUGCUCAUUCACAAAAUACGGCAAACCUUCGCAAUCGAGGUUUCUUCAUUGGCCUUGUACGAGAACUCAAGUCUGGGUGCGCUUGCUAAAAUCAUUGAUGAGAAUAAAGAUGGGAAGGUUUGCGCCAUCAAGGACGAAACAGACUUAUGGCUGGCGGAUAGCAGGCUUGCUGAACACCUUGUGCCGUCAAAGAGAGAACCUGUGGAUUGGCGACGCGACACUGAAGGAAGAAUUUUUGCAACUGGGGUCACUGGCUUCGUAGGAGCCUUUUUCCUGCACCAACUCCUCGAAAUGCCUGAAGUUCGCCAGGUUGGUUGCUUAGUUCGAGCGAAAGAUAAGGAAGCUGGCUUCCUUCGUAUUAGAGAAUGUCUGGAGAAAUAUGGGCUCUGGCGUGCAGCUGCUGCCCACAAAAUCUUACCACUACCCGGGAAUUUGGAGGAUGAGACCCUUGGAUUUGGACAGGAAAGAUUUGAAGAACUCGCUGAAUGGGCCAGUGUCGUCUUUCAUCUUGGGGCUCAUGUCAAUUACACGCAGCCAUAUUCUAUCCAUCGGCCCGCCAACGUGAUUGGUAGUGUCAACAUCCUCCGAUUCGUGGCUGCAGGCAAGCCCAAGUCUCUCCAGUAUGUCUCCAGCAUUUCCUGCUUCGGGCCAACUGGUAGGUUCACUGGAACUUCACGAGUCCCCGAGGAUGCGUGUAUGCUCCCUCACCUACGAGCGCUUCCGUAUGACCAUGGAUAUGCCCAAAGCCAAUGGGUGGUUGAGCAAAUGCUGUGGACGGCAAUUGGACGUGGAUUCCCCGUCGCAAUAUAUCGACCUGGUUUCAUCACUGGCCAUAGCGUGACGGGCGUCAGCAAUCCCGAUGACUUUUUCAGCAGAUUGAUGUCUGCAUGUCUGGAGAUGGGCUGUUAUCCCCUCCUUCCAAACCAAAGGAAGGAGUUCAUCACCGUCGACUAUGUCACUUCAGCAAUCCUGCAUAUGGCGAAAAACAAAUAUCUUGGACAUGCUUACCAUAUCGUACCUAAGGACCGGAACGCAUCUGUAGAUAUGAAUGAGACGUUUCGUCUUGUCAAUCACAAUGGAUUCCCGGACUUGAAAGGCAUCCCAUACGGUGAAUGGAUUCAGAUCCUCUCCAAUAGCACCGACGAGCGGCUCAAGCCAUUAUUGCCUAUGUUGAAGGAGAAGAUUCACAACGGCAUGACAAGAUGGGAGUUGUACGAGCACAUGCCCAUUUAUGAGACUUACAACACCGACCAAGCUCUGUCGGAUUAUCCAGGAGGCCUGGACUGUCCGGAAUUUGAUGAGAAGCUAAUGUUGACAUAUCUCAACCACUGGAAGGGAGACCUGAAGAUGGAUGUUGCGGUGGCGGCAUGA